ACAUCUCAGUCUUCAAUCCCACAAUAACCUACCUUUGCAUCACCUUUGAUACUACAAACCUCACUCAAGACUCACCUUGAUCCACCACUCAAAAUGAAGGUCCUCGCCAUUGCCACCAUUCUCAUCGCCGCUGUCAGCGCCGCUCCUACCAAGGAGUUGUGCCCUUCCCCUAUCCCACCUAUUCCUUCUUAUGGACUCCCCAGCCCACCUCUCAACGGUGAAAUCCCCCCUCUCAACGGCGGCAACCCACCUUUGAACGGUGUAAUUCCUCCUGUUGACAGCGUGAUUCCUCCCGUCAACGUUGCGAAUCCUCCCGUCGACGAUGUUAUUCCUCCCGUCAACGUUGCGAAUCCUCCCGUCGAUGAUGUGAUCCCCCCCGUCAACGUUGCAACUCCUGUCAGUGGCAGCAACGUAUUCGGCCAAUUCGAGUGCCCUGCCGGGCUCCUCUACUCCAACCCCCAAUGCUGCUCUGUUGAUGUCCUCGGCAUUGCCGACCUCGACUGCAGCUCCCCAUCGAAAACUCCCAAGGACGCCAGUGAUUUCCAGGAUAUCUGUGACACGGCUGGCAAGAAGGCUCAGUGCUGUGCUGUCCCUAUUGCCGGCCAAGCUGUCCUUUGCCAGGACGUCAUUGGCGCCUACUAAAGGCAUCACUUAUUUUUUUGGGUUGAUGCGGCUUUGCCGAGGUGCUUUGUUUAAUAAUGUGCCGCUGGGCUUUCGGCACACACAACUAUAUAAUUGAACAUUCGGACCUGGAUGGAUAUACGCGUGUUGAGAUUUUUGUUUCUGGAAAUUUGCUAGGAAUGUGUAUUCAUCUGUUCAACUGAUGACACAACAUAUAUGCACAUUACAGGUAACACCUAGUUUCUCAAGUUAGUAAUGUAUUAUUUUUCUUA